GCGGCGACUUUUUCAGCAGCAAUCGCAUCUUAUGGGGGUGGUCAUUGAUAAUCGAUGAAAGGAUAUUGUUUGGUCAACGAAGAAGAUUCGAGACGACGACGCGGAGGUCAGAGCAUGUGUCGGUUGUCCUCAGUGGUGGGAGGAUAUGAGAGCGUUGUGCAAGUUGUUGGAUCCCAUCAUGGACAUGCUGCAGAUGGUGGAUAGCGACACGAGGCAAAUUGGUAAGAUUUUGCGUCGGUACGACGAGAUGAUCGUGCGUUGUUUGUCUGCAUGUGCCGUUUUUGACAAGGACGAGCAGGACGCGUUGCUUGAAGUGUUUGACAAACGCCGCACCAUGUUUAAGUUGCCUGCUCAUGUUGCUGCCAUGAUGUUGGACCCCGAGUUUCGAAAGCACACGAUGCCAGACGACGAGGAGAUGCAGUACGGUUUGAAAGUCGCUCUGGUUCAGUUUGGGUACCCGAAGGGUUUGGACCAGCACAACGAGGUCCUGACUGCCAUUGACAAGUUUCAUGCUAGGGAGCCGUCGUUCGACGACGUGGCCAUGGACCGGGUGGCGAGGAGCUAUACCCAUCCAGCCUGUUUCUGGAAGUCGAAGGAGAAGAGCGGGAGCAGUACUGAGGGGUUGUACGAGCAGGGAGUCCGGAUUGUUGCCAGGCCAUCUGCACCGUCUAUGGGGACACGAUCCAUUGGGACUGUCGAUGGUGCUCGCCACACCGCCAUGACAGAGUAUGAGGACCGACACGGGAGUGCUUUGCCGACGAAGAACUCUGAUGUCCAUGCUACGAGGGCCGCGAAGGCGAGUCUUUUUCGGGCGAGGAAGAAGGCCUCGACAAGGAAGGCGUCACGUUCGUCGCCACAUAUGCGUUCCCAUAUUGGGCGAUCCGGCGUUGUGUAUCUCGAGGACGGAGAGAUUGCACCUGACGACGACGCAUUGGAUGUUGGAGGGAGGGCUGCAACGACGGCGGACAACUUCGCCAGGGAGGGUGCAGGGGAUACAGUGGCAGGUCAGAACAGACGCGGCAGUGUACUUAUCGUCCACGGCGACAGCACAGAUGUCGCCCCGGGAGAGACCACAGACACUGAUGAUGCGAGGGACUCCGAUUACGUUCCUAAACUACGAACGGCGGACGGAGAUGAUGGAGGAGCGCGACGAGUGAGACGGAGGACAUGACUCAGGCUACACUCACUCGUCGGACAUGACUCGGGCUACAUGGGCAGCGGCCGCAGGGCACACCAUCG